AUUCAAUUCAGUUUUACUACUGUCAGACUUUAGGCUUUACAUUUAAAAGUAAAACAACAGUUUAAGCACUAUAUAGAAGAGCGAUCUCAUUGAAUUCGUUCCUAGCAGCAAAAUGGAAGGUGUUCCUUCAACGAAGAAUGGAACGGGUGCCCUAGACGUGAUGGGGCUCAUCGAAGGCUUGCAGCUGAGGGAAUCAAGCGAGUUACCUUCGACCCUGGAUCGCAAUCCACCAUACGCGCCAUUCUAUGGGGUGAUGGGCGUCGUUUUCUCCAGUGUGCUGACCUCCGCUGGAGCCGCUUAUGGAACUGCUGUUUCCGGAAGCGGAAUCGCAGCCACAGCCGUAAUGCGCCCGGAACUGGUGAUGAAGUCGAUUAUUCCGGUGAUUAUGGCGGGAAUCAUAGCCAUCUACGGCCUGGUGGUGUCCGUGCUGCUCUCUGGCGAGCUGGGACCUUCUCUCAAGUACUCGCUGCCCAAUGGAUAUGUUCACCUGGCCGCCGGGUUGUCCGUGGGAUUCGCCGGACUGGCUGCCGGAUAUGCCGUGGGCGAGGUGGGCGACGUUGGGGUGCGACACAUCGCCCAGCAGCCACGCCUCUUCAUCGGCAUGAUUCUGAUCCUGAUCUUCGCCGAGGUUCUGGGGCUCUACGGCCUGAUCAUCGGCAUAUAUUUGUACACGGUGAACAUCAAGGAGUAAAUAAAUGUCUCAUUUCCAAUUUAAAAUAAAGUAUGAACAGAAAAUAGAAAAGA